GAAACUGUGACGUAGGCUCUGUCUGGGCAGGGGGUGGAAGAUUCAGAAGCAGCUUUCAGCUACAAAGAGCUCUCAGCCACAUUUCCCCAAUCGAGAGGCUUCAAGUGGAGGCUGGAGUUGAUCACCAUGCAGCAUCUGGGGAUGCACACCCAGAGGAUACUCCUGGCUCUGUCUCUUCUGUUCUUUAUGGAACCUUUCGUCCAAGGUUUUCCUUCCCGGAGGGCAAGAUUCCAUUGGGUUCGAUGUCGCCCAAAUAGUCUUUCUGCCAACUGCAUUGAAGAAAAGGGGCCCUGGUUCAACAUGCCUGAAGGUGAAGACAAUAGGAUCAUCGAUCCUCCAGUGGAUCCAUAUCAAAUGCAGAAACCCCAGAACAAGGUCAAAAAGCUCCCUUUCUCGGAGGAAGAUCCUUGGUCUAUUUCGGGUGUGGGCUUAGACACGGGCUCUGGAUCUGGCAGCGGCUCAUUCCCCGAAAUGGAAACCGAGCCCAUAGAUGAAGAGGAUUUCUACAAUUUCAGACCCUCAGAAGAUGAGAAUGUUGGGCAAGAAAUAACAGGGGAAGAACUGAUCAUCUAAACGUGGCAGCUCUCCCCCAUACUAAAGGCUGCUCACACACAGAUAAGACCCAAUCAGCUCCCGGACAAAGUGCUUUGUAAAAAAUGUAAACCUUCUGGAAGAGUUCCUUCAGUCUUGAUCUCUUUUCCCUCGGUCUGAAUCUUAGCCCAGUGUACAUUUCUCCAUGAAUGCGAUCCCCAUCCCCUCUAGUUUGCUCGCACAUAAAACCUCUCUAACCUCUGCCUGAAAUGCAUUCCCUCCUCUUCAUGCAUAUCUCUGCCUCUACCUCCUGGAAUCCCUUCUGGCUUCCCUUAAGGUUCAGCUCAGGUGCUGCUGCCUCUGGGAAGCCUUUCCUGAUCCCCCCAGUUAUUAAUCUUCUCUCUUUCCUCAAAUAAUUUUGUAUUCAUCUCUUUAUGACCCACAUCCUAUCUCUCCCAUUAAAAUGUAAUCUCCUUGACUGUUUUUGUUUUUAUUUUUCCUUUGAACUCUUCAGUGCCUUGCACAUGUUUAAUAAAGUUUUCUUAAAUUGAAUAUAGAAUGGUAGAGCUGGAAGAGAUGUUUUGAAAUCAUCUCUC